UCAAGAGGAGUGUCAUUUUAAUUUCUUAAGUACCGCCAGAGGGACAGCUUCUCAGGCCCUGCGUUCCAAUGGCUUCUGCACCAGUGGAAUGGCACCUCAGGCCCCCAAACCCUAAAAAUCCCAUUGUUUUCUUUGAUAUAACCAUUGGUUCAAUCCCAGCUGGCAGGAUUAAGAUGGAGCUUUUUGCUGACAUUAUCCCGAAAACAGCCGAAAACUUCAGGCAAUUCUGCACUGGUGAAUAUAGGAAAGCAGGAAUUCCAGUUGGAUAUAAAGGAUGCCAGUUUCAUCGGGUUAUCAAGGAUUUUAUGAUCCAAGCUGGUGAUUUUCUGAAGGGGGAUGGAAGUGGAUGUGUGAGUAUUUAUGGAAGCAAGCUUGAGGAUGAAAACUUCAUUGCAAAGCAUACAGGUCCUGGUCUCCUUUCAAUGGCAAACAGUGGGCCAAACACUAAUGGAUGCCAGUUCUUCAUAACGUGUGCAAAAUGUGACUGGCUGGACAAUAAGCAUGUUGUAUUUGGGAGAGUUUUGGGAGAGGGCCUCUUGGUGGUUAGAAAAAUCGAGAACGUCUCAACGGGGCCUAACAACCGGCCAAAGCUUGCCUGUGUCAUAGCUGAAUGUGGGGAAAUGUGAAACCACAACACAAAAUUUGCAUUUUAGACACUCUUUCGAUAACAUGUUGUCUUGCCCUUCUGAUAUAUGUUUCUAGAUGGGUUAUUCCUUGACUGCAGUUGUAAUUAAUGAAUGGUACUAUGGGUGUAUAUACUGCACACUAUGUCUAACAAUGAUAUUGACAUAGAACUUGUGAAUACUCGAUUAAAACUUUGACUGGGAAUGAAUCUUAGGAACAAAUGUUGGUCCAA